GAUAAGCAAACAAAGUUGGACUUCAAAACCCUUCAUUUACAACAGAACACUCUAGACAUUUUCAUUUUCCCUCUUAAAUACAACUCUCUCUCUCUUUAAUUUGCCUCAUCAUCACAAAUAUUAACACAUUUUCCCUCUCAAACAAACACAAAUAUGGGGACUCUGGUGGGACACGUGGCACCAGGUUUUGGGUUCUUGCUAAUUGGUUUAUGGCACCUCUUCAACAACAUCAAGUUCCAUGCACUCAACCCUAAAUCCUACACCUCAAAGCCAUGGUUCCCAUCUUCCAAGUUCAAAUACCUUGAGCUUAUUCUCAUCAUGGCUGCUUCCAUGGCUUCUGUGUCCAUGGAACUCUUCAUAGGCCCUGAACGCCAUCAACCUCUCGACUCAGACGGAACCAUACCCUCCAACCACCUCCACAACUUCGAGCACUCCUCCAUCUCCCUCACCUUCUUCGUCUUCGCCGUCUUUUCAAUCAUUCUCGACAAACUCAACACCCCUUCGCAACAUGGUUUAUCGCAGUUGCUUGCGGCCAUCGCGUUCUCUCAGCAACUCCUUCUCUUCCACCUUCACUCAGCGGAUCACAUGGGUCCAGAAGGACAAUACCACCUUCUCCUUCAGCUCGUUAUAUUUGUUUCUCUUUCCACCACGUUAAUGGGGAUUGGGUUCCCAAAGAGCUUCUUGGUGAGCUUCGUGCGUUCAAUAAGCAUAUUCUUCCAGGGUUUGUGGUUGAUAGUGAUGGGUUACAUGCUGUGGACACCAUCGCUUAUACCAAAAGGUUGCUUAAUCAAUGACGAGGAGGGUCACCAAGUUGUGAGGUGCUCGAGCAAUGAAGCACUUCAUCGUGCGAAUUCGCUCGUCAACAUUGAGUUCAGUUGGUUCAUCAUCUUGGUCACUGUGUUUGCGGUCUCUAUGUACUUGGCUUUGGUGAAGGUUUAUGGUGAAAAGGUGCAGUAUUUUUCUCUGGGGUUUGAUGUGGAGGAUCAAGAGUCAAACGACGACGUUGAGUCUCAGGAGAAAAGCUUUGUUCAUGCGGCAAAAGCGUUUUCUUCAGGUGCUCAUGACAUGGGAAGAUAAAGUCAUCAAAUUUAAUUUAAUUAAAUUAAUUAAACAAAAGUGAGUUUAUUAUAUUUGUUGAGAAUUUGGAAUGUAAAUACUUACAGUCAUAUAUUAGGGUGGUGGGUUCCACCUUGUUAUUGUUCUUUAGGUGUUAAAUUAAUUGUGUUGAGCUACCAAUUAUGUGGUUCUAUCUCUAGAGGAAAAUGUGCAUGUCUAGGUACAAGUCAUUUUUUUUUUUUUAAUUUACAAGGUUGAUUUCAUAUUUUCAUUUGAUUGUAGAAUUGUGUGUAUUUGGCUUUAUAUUACCAGUUGUAAAUUAUUUUA